AUGACAGAGGAUUCUCGAGAUAAGGGCAAAGGGAAGCUUUUGGUUCCCGGGUCUCCUUGCCAAGUAUUUGAAAUUGAUUCUUUUACGAAUGGCUUCUUAGUUCUCUCUAGUUGUACACCCAUUGAGGUCUCUAGGCGACUAGAAUCUCACUCACACAUUAUUGGAGGAAGUUCUACAUAUCUUUGGAAGAUCAAAAGCUCCAAGCUUGAGCUGGAAAUCGCCUCCAACUCCGAUAUGAGUCUCACUGCUCUUGACAUUUCCCUUGAAGGAUCACAAUCUCCCCAUGAUAUCAAGCAUUUCGUCCCCAGAAGGUAUCAAGUGAAAGUGUUCGAAGUCGCAAAGCGUAAGAACAUAAUUGCAGUGUUGGAAACUGGUUCUGGGAAAACUAUGAUUGCUGUGAUGCUCAUCAAACACAUUGCUGAUCAACACAUCAUCAAGUCCAUUGGCCACAAGAAGUUGAUAAUUUUCAUGGCCCCAACAGUUCAUCUUGUCAUUCAGCAAUAUGAGGUUAUAAAAAAGUCUACAACUCUUGAAGUGGGAGUAUACUACGGAGCUAAGGGCGUUGAUGACUGGAGUCCAGAAUAUUGGGAGGUGGAAGUGAAUACACAUAAUAUAAUGGUCAUGACACCUCAAAUUCUCCUGGAUGCUUUGCGGAAUGCAUUUUUGAAGAUAGAGAUGAUUUGCUUGAUGGUCUUUGAUGAAUGCCACCGUGCCACUGGCAAUCAUCCCUACACGAAAAUAAUGAAGGAAUUUCAUCACAAAUCAGGAGACAAGCCAAAGAUUUUUGGAAUGACAGCAUCACCAGUCAUUAAAAAAGGUGUCUCAUCCGCCACGGACUGUGAGGAUCAGAUAUCACAACUUGAAAGCAUCUUGGAUUCCCAGGUUUAUACAGUAGAAGACAGGACAGAGAUUGAAGAGCAUGUUCCCUCAGCAGUCCAAAUUUGUAAAUUUUAUGACCCGACAUGGUUGAUCUCUGUGGAUUUGAAAGCAAAAAUGGAAGCUUUAUGGUCAAAGUUUGAUGCUUCUAUCAUGUCAAAGUUGCAAGGGCCAGAGAAAAGUGAGUACGAAGACAUUAAUGAUAAAAUCAAGAUGCUACGAAAGCGGUUGUCCAAUGACUACAUGAAAAUUUUAUAUUGCCUUGAUGAUCUUGGUAUCGUAUGCGCAUAUGAGGCUGUGAAAGUCUGUCUGGAGAAUGCCCCUGAUGUCAAAGAGGAGUGCACAUUUUAUAGAGAAAGCUCUUUGCAAUGCAGAUAUUUUCUUGAUGAAGUCUUAAAUAUGAUCAGUGAAUUUCUUCAAAAAGGUUAUAUACUUCAUACAGAUCUUGAGUCAGACUAUAUAAAGGCACAAAAAGUGGGAUACAUAUCUCCGAAGUUACAUGAACUUCUUCAAAUUUUCCACUCAUUUGAGAGGGAUAGGCAAGUUCUGUGCCUUAUUUUCGUAGAGAGAAUUGUCACAGCCAAAGUAAUGCAAAGAUAUGUGAAGAAACUGCCAUGUUUAUCUAAUUUCACAGCUUCAUAUUUGACCGGAAGUACCACAUCAGUUGAUGCACUUGCACCGAAAUUGCAGAAGGAAAUUUUGGAGUCAUUUUACAGUGGGAAGGUCAAUCUACUAUUUGCCACUGAUGUAGUUGAAGAGGGAAUUCAUGUCCAGAACUGCUCCUGUGUGAUCCGGUUUGAUCUUCCCAAGACAGUUCGUAGCUAUGUCCAGUCUCGGGGACGAGCACGAAAAAAUGAUUCCCAAUAUAUCAUAAUGCUUGAAAGGGACAACAAGAAGCAAAGAGACCAUCUCUUUGACAUAAUCAGGAGUGAGUACUCAAUGACAGAUACGUCGAGAAAUCGAGAUCCUGAUGGAUGCAAUUUAAGAGCUUGUAACUUUGAAGAUGCAAAUGCAUACUAUGUAGAAGCUACUGGAGCAUCAAUUACUCCAGACUCUAGUGUCAGCCUCAUAUAUCGGUACUGUGAAAAGCUCCCUGGAGAUAGGUACUUUAUUCCAAGGCCAACUUUUCAUUUCAGACUAUUUGAAGGGUUGCAUCAGUGUGAAAUAACAUUACCUCCAAAUGCGGCAUUUCAAACACUAGUUGGUCCUAUGAGUAGAAACGGUCAUUCAUCAAAGCAGCUUGUAUGCUUGGAAGCUUGUAAAAUCCUGCAUCAAAUGGGUGCUUUGGAUGAUCAUCUUCUCCCACUUGUCGAAGUGCCUCUUGAUAAUGAAGUGAUUGUGAAAAGCAAAGAAUUAUCUGCAGGUGCUGGAACUACAAAAAGGAAAGAGUUACAUGGGAUGACUUGCAUUCGUGCAUUAAGUGGAACUUGGGGAGAGAAAGUUGAUGGUGCUAGUUUUGAGGCCUACAAAUUUGAGUUCUCCUGUAAUGUUGAUGAGACAUAUUCAGGAUUCGUACUACUAGUCGAGAUGAAACUUGAUGAUGACGUGGGAAAUACUGAAGUGGAUCUCUACUUAAUUGCAAAGAUGGUCAAAGCUUACGUUUCUUCAUGUGGAAAGGUGCAUCUCAGUGCAGAUCAGAUAAAGGAAGCCAUGUGCUUUCAGGAAUUUUUCUUUAAUGGUUUGUUUGGGAGAUUAUUUCUUGGAUCCGAAGCAAAAGGGACAGAAAGAAAAUUUCUACUUCAGACAGAAAUAAAAUCACUAUGGUGCUCAUCGUACAGCUAUUUACUUUUACCGACUGAGGCAUCUGACAGUUCAAAUAAGAAAUCUUGGAACAUAGAUUGGAUGGGAAUCUGUUCCUGUGCUAAUGUGGUGGAGUUUCUUAGGAAACACUAUUCCAAUGGUCUUGAGAAUUUCAAAGGCGGUAGAGGAAAUAUAUUACUUUCUAGGACUGGUUCAUCCAUGACAGAUUGCAAGGCUGAAAAUUUAGUCCAGUUUGCUAAUAGUUCAAUUGAUGUCAAUGAUCUUGGAGAUAUGGUAGUGUUGGCUAUUCACACAGGAAGAAUCUACUCUGUUAUUGAAGUUGUUAGUAGCAUUUCUGCUGAGAGUCCCUUGGAAGAAAAUGCUGAUACUGCCUCAUCAGAUUAUACUUAUGUUGAGUACUUCAAAACAACGUAUGGGAUUGUACUCAAGUAUCCUAGACAUCCUCUAUUGCGGUUGAAGCAAAGUCAUAAUGCACAUAACCUGCUUGUUGAUCAAGGUGUGUCAUCACCAGAUGGUCUAGUUCAAGAAAAGCAACAAGCUCAUGUUCAUAUGCCACCCGAAAUCUUAGUCAGUAUUGAUGUUCGAGUUGACGUUCUAAAAUCAUUUUAUUUACUACCAUCACUAAUGUGUCGUCUGGAGUCCCUAAUGUUAGCUAGCCAGAUCAGGAAAGAGAUCAAUGGCCAGUCUAGCAACUUUUAUAUAUCAAGCUCAUUGAUUCUAGAAGCACUCACAACACUUAGAUGCUGUGAAAAUUUUUCAUUGGAGCGUUUGGAGUUGCUUGGAGAUUCAGUUCUCAAAUAUGCUGUGAGCUCCUACCUCUUUCUUAAAUAUCCCGAGAAACAUGAAGGACAAUUAACUGCUCGACGAACAAGAGCUAUUUGCAACUCAAACCUGCAUAAACUAGGAACGAAAAACAAGUUACAGGGAUACAUACGAGACGGUGCAUUUGAACCACGACGUUGGGCUGCUCCAGGGCAGCUUUCUAGAUUCCCAGAUCCAUGUCAAUGCGGAGUGGAUACUUUGGAAGUGCCCUUGGACAGUAGAUUUCAAACUGAAAAGGCUGUUAAGGUUGGAAAAUUCUGUGAUAAAGGUCACAGAUGGAUGAACUCAAAAACCAUUGCUGAUUGUGUUGAGGCCCUCAUAGGAGCUUAUUAUGUUGGUGGAGGAUUGUUUGCUGCACUUCAUUUGAUGAAGUGGCUCAGCAUUGAUUCUGAAACUGGACCCUCAUUUGCUGAUGAAGCCAUUACAAGGGCAUCACUUCGAUCCUACAAUCCCAAAACUAAUGAACUUGCUAACUUGGAGUUGAAGCUUAGCUAUGAAUUUGCAGUCAAGGGCUUGUUACAUGAGGCCAUCACACAUGCUUCUCAGCAAAAACUAGGUGCCAGCUACUGUUAUCAGAGGCUUGAAUUUCUUGGAGACUCUGUGUUGGAUCUGCUAACUACACAGCAUCUCUAUCGCAGCCACACAGAUAUUGAUCCUGGAGUGUGGACUGAUUUGCGGUCAGCUGCUGUUAGUAAUGAAAACUUUGCUCAAGCUGCUAUUAGACAAAACCUUCAUCUACAUCUUCAACAUUGCUCUGGGUUACUUCGGAGUCACAUAACCGAGUAUGAGAGGUUGCUUACAGAAGCUGAGCACAGUACCAGCUCAGUGGAAGACAUUAAGUGUCCAAAGGCUCUUGGUGACAUGGUGGAAAGUAUAGCAGGAGCUAUACUAAUUGAUACAAAGCUUAAUCUUGAUGAAGUAUGGAGGGUUUUUAAACCAAUAUUGUCUCCAAUUGUGACCCCUUCUAGUCUUCAAUUGCAUCCGCUACGUAAACUGUCUGAAUUAUGUGAUUCACUUGGGUACUUUGUGAAAGAAACAUGUACUAAAGAUGAUACACUAGUGAAUGUGGAACUAAGUUUGCAGCUGGAAGAUGUUCUUUUGGUUGGAAACGGCUUUGACCGGAGUAGAAAAGCUGCGAAACAUAAGGCAGCUCGUCAAGUGUUGAAGGCGCUCGAGAAAAGCAUAGAAAGGAGAGAGCAUUAUUCUGAUAUGGAUAGUGACCACUGCAGCAACCUAACUGAUGAAGAUUUUUCAGAGCCAAUGAACCAUGGAAAGCAGAAUAUGACAACAAUUCAAUCAUCUUCAGAGUCAAAAACAAUAGAUCCUACCCAAUCCAAUGACUGUUCUAAUGAAGUCUUAAGUCACAACAUUGCAACCCCAGUUAUUGGUCCAAUCGAUACGAAAAAAGGUGAACCUCGAAAAUCUCUCUUUGAUCUAUGUAAGAAAUUGCAGUGGCCAAUGCCUGCAUUCACAACAACAGAGCAGAAGUCAAGAACUCCAAUUGAAUUCGGUGAGGGUUCUGAAAAGAGAAUAGGUUUCAGCAGCUUUCAAUCAAAAAUCAGCUUGCACAUACCCAACUCUUGCACUAUUGUAUGCACAGGAGAUCCUAGAGCCGAUAAGAAGACUUCCAUGGAUUCUGCAGUUGUUUCCAUGCUUCACGAGCUUCAACGACGGAGAAAACUUGUCAUUCUCCAGUCUUGA